AUGACCGAAGCUAAGCCUAGCAGUAAUCCAGUUUCGGAUUCAGAAUCCAGAGUAGGCUCUGCGUCAGGCUCAACGUCGACGAUCAAGCGAAAGCGCCUCCAUGGCGCCUGCGAUGCUUGUCGAAGGAAGAAAAGAUCCCAUGUACGCACGAAACCAGUCGUCGAAAGGCAUCUCCAAGCCUUGGAAGAGAGGCUGAAGACAAUGGAGGCUUACUUGCGUACAGUAGGCCAACCACUACCUACCCAGAUAGGUGAAGCAACGCCCAGACCACAGUCCAUUCUACCUCGACCACCGAUGCCUCCGACAAAGAUAGCCUCCACGAGUUCUCUUCCUCAGCUUUCGACCAAUCCAGGUGCCUUUCAACUGGCAGAGCGCUCGCUCUCGGUGGAAGCUUCGACUUCCUUCAUCCAAUCUACUGCGCCAAUGACCGAAGAAAACGACCUCUCGGACCCAGACGACCUUUCGCACGUUACUCUGGCCGAGAGGCUGAAGAAUUUAUCGCUUGAUAUCACGGAGAACCGCUUCUUUGGACGAUCUAGCAUGUUUUUAUACGCUCAGAACUGUAUCGAGUUCAAGAACGAACGCAGUGGCACUCAUGGCGGAAACUUUGCACGUACUAAGCGACCUGUGUUUUGGGAAUUGCGAGAGUGGGAGAAGGACUACCUUCGAAUGAAGGACUUCAACUACGUGUUCCCUGAGCCGGAUCUCCUCGAGUCAUUGAUAUCCCUCUACUUCGACAAUUGCCACAUUCUGCUACCCGUCCUGCACAGGCCCACGUUCGAGAAUGACGUCAGAAACCAAUUGCAUCUCCGAAAUCCAUCUUUUGCUGCGACCCUCCUUACUGUGUGUGCACUUGCUUCGAGGUUCAGCACCGACCCCCGCGUUUAUCUCAAGGACGCAGAUCAAACAUCGUCCGGGUGGAAAUACAUAUCGCAGGUGCCACUUGCUUCAACUAUAUCGCUCGUCCAGACAACCGUAUAUGACCUUCAGCGCUACGCACUAGCAGCAAUGUAUUUCCUAGGGUCGUCCAUGAACCAUACAGCCUGGACUCUUGCUGGAAUUGGCCUCCGACUUGCACAGGAUGGUGGACUACACAGACGGCAACGCAACAAAUAUAGACCGAACAAAGAAGCCGAGCUAAGGAAGCGCGCAUUCUGGUGUCUGGUGGCAAUGGAUCGGACGAUGAGCUCCCUACUGGGACGGCCGUGUGCACUUUACGGGGAAGACAUCGAUGUCGAUUACCCUGUCGAGUGUGACGACGAAUAUUGGGAAACAGAGGACCCGACCCAGGCCUUUAGACAACCACCCGAUCGUCCUUCGUUCAUGUCGGCCUUCCUGUCCUAUCUAGGUCUAUGUGAUAUCAUUGGCUCCAUGUUGCGGACUCUCUACUCGACCAAGAAGUGCAGAAUAAUCCAUGGGCUGAUCGGUGAGAACUGGGAGGUUCGGGUUGUUGCUGAACUGGAUUCCGCUUUGGUGACUUGGAGACGGUCGUUACCUCGACACCUUCAGUGGAACCCCGAGAUUUCCGACCGCACCUUCUUCCAACAAUCGCUAUUCCUCAACACGUUCUUCUGUUACGUUCGAAUCCAAAUCCACCGGCCACUGCUUCGCAAUGACUGUCUCUCGACCACGCCUUUCAUCGUUUGUAGAGAGGUGUCAACAGAGUGUGCUCACCUACUACAAGCCGCUUCUGUGAGGGGUGGCCUGACAGACCCGCACAUCGUGAUGGCAGCUUUCGCAUCGGCAUUAACUCUUAUCAUCGACCUUUGGGCUGAGCGAGAGUUCAUCUCGCCGGACGAGGUUGCAAGAUAUAACACGAAUAUUGAAAGUUGUGUCACAUAUAUCAAGCGCUCGGAGAACCGUGACAUGUUGGCCGAGUUCCGCUCAGUACGAAGUGUUCACGUCGAAGGAGAUAAGGUCGAGGCCUCACAAUCAAGCAUGUCUUCAACAAGCCAUUCCCAUCAGCAAGGCCAGCCUUCCAACCUAUCGAUAUACGGAGAUACGCUGCUUGGAAGCUACCCUUCGGUCACAGCCCUGUCGACGCCUAGUCCACCUGGACCGUCCAAGGCGCAAGAUCAAGUCACCGCUCCUCUCAACGUCUCCCAACUUCCGACUGACACGCCUUUCAACUUCGACUUCUCUCACAUCCAAACGUCCCCUGGGUCGAAUGUGAUUGUGCCACAGUAUUCCGGGAUGAACCAACAGGAUGUCGCGCUCUUCAACAAUCCCGGUUCAAACCAUGGUUCGGGGCCCACAAGUCCGGAUGCGCAGUUCCAGUCCUUGUUUGCGGAUCCCAGCACGACGCUUUGGAGUCAAGCUCCGGUUGCUUAUAGACCAGCCUGGCCAAUGCCGAUGAAUGCUGAGCAAGUGAGCAGGACAGAUUCUUUCAAGUUUCAAAAUUUUAUUCGCGGUGCGUCUGGAGUUGAGCGCCAGUCUCAGAUCAAUGGAGAUCUGACCAUCCCAUCUGACGUCGUUUUCUACGACUCAAUGACGUCGGCAGUUUCGGGAAGUCUAUUCCAGCACCUAAAAGACCAGGCAAAGCCUCGACAGCAUUCACUUGACGACAGAAUGGCUCAGCCACAGCUUCAGGCUCGGAUCGCCUCACGGCUCCUCUUUGCGGUGUACGCAAGAGUAGAUGACGUCCCUGACGUACCAGUUCGCACAUGGGAGGACUCGGUACUAGCCGAGUAUCGACACAUCCAACCACCCUUAUCCCGGUCCAUCGACGAAGUUGUCGCUUUAAUUGCAUCGGGAACGGGCUCAGCUCAAUCCUGGCAAGAGAACAUCGUUGCUGAGAUUCGACAAAUUCAGAGAGGAGGGCUUGGGGUCACCCUCACCGACAAAACGGGAGGGUUCCCGCAGGCUCCCAGCGUUCAGUCUCAGCAGGACCCUUCCACGAGCGUCUCUGGUUCCGGAAAUGAAUCGGAGAUGGGGAAGGUUUUGAGAUCAGAGCUUGCGCCGAUGAAGGAGACAUUGGAAAAGGUAGUAGCAGAUGUCACCAGGCUUAACCAAGGAUAUAGUGCCUCUGGUGACCCGUCGAGGCCUGGUGGUCGAAACUGA